AUGAAGACACGAAGGGCUACCUGCCUUCAGCAGCAGCAUUCACAGCAGCCUCCGCCACAGCCGUCUCCCACGACAACCACGAGUGGCCUGUGGGACUCUCAUUCCUCUGAAGAUGAUAAACCAUCUUCCCAAAGUGAUUUAAGCCAAACCAUCUCAAAGAACACUGUCAGGGGCACACAAGAGGCUCCAGUGAAGGUCAGUUUCUCUGAAGAAGAAACUGAAGAAGAUGAUCAAGAUGGCUCUCACAGCAGGGCCACUGCUGCUAGGGCCAGAUCCGGGGAUUCUGAUGAAUCCGGAGAUCAAACCAGCAGAUCAUCUAGUCAAUAUACAGAAUCAUUCUGGCAGUCAUCACAAAGUCAAAACUUCACAGCUCAUGAUAAGCAACCUUCAGUGCUGAGCUCAGGAUAUCAUAAAACUCCUCAGAAAUGGACCCAACAAACUUCAAGAAUAAGGACGGGGAUGCAAAAUGACAGCAUUCAGAAAUCAGAGCUUGGAAACCAGUCACCAUCACCCUCCAGGCGCCAAGUGACUGGACAACCUCAAAAUGCAUCUUUUACCAAGAGGAACUGGUGGUGGCUACUUCCUCUGACAGAUACUUUCGCCUCUGGGAGUUUGUUCUUCAGUACUGCUGAGGUAGAAACCACUGCUGUUCAAGAGGUCCAGAACCAGAUAAAUCAACUUAAGAAUAAAUACCAAGGUCAAGAUGAGAAGCUGUGGAAAAGGAGCCAAACAUUCCUGGAAAAAAGCACAGAUCCCUCUCUCCCAGAAGCAGCUGGGGAAGGACUGAGUUUGCCAUAUGCCUUGUCUAAAGAAAAGAGGAAAGCAGGAAGCUCCAAAUGUCCUUGCUCCGGUGAGACCCAGCCGCUGUACCGUGGACUGGCACAGGCUGACAGAAUGCACAAGCGUGGGAACACCAGCCCAAGCCACCGCUGGCACCCACAGAAGGAGGCGUGGGCAGGCUUCUCCAGGCCACACUCCUCCUGGGCACCCCUCCGAGCUGGGCAACGCUUGGGCCAUGGCUCUGCCUCUCCCGGCAGUUCCCAGAUGCUCACCAAGGCUUACAAGGCUGACGAGGGCAGGGCAAGGGGUGAAAAGCAGAGAAGGCAGGCAGAUGCCUUGGGGGCCUUUCCGCCGGCUUCCCCACCAGCCCGCUGGACCUUCUGUGACUGCUUUUCUGGGUGCAGGGUCACCAUCCACCCAGCACUCCAAUCAGAAGCUGCAGGUCUCCCCUCUCACUCCCUCCCAAAUUGCAGUCACUUCUCCCUAAGCAUGUCUUUUGGGUCCAGCUUCUCCAUUUGGGUCCAGCCUCUUCUUCUCACCCCAGGCCUCACCAUUUCUGGCAGGCGCUUCGCAGCCACCCCAUACCUGGUCUCCCUCCUGAGCUCCACGUUAGAAGAAUCUGAUCUAUUUCAAUCAAGUCCUCCCUUGAAAACCGUGAUUAUGCCUGGCCAGAGCCAUGCACACAAGAAAGCCCAUUCACGGUCUGCCCCCAAGCUGCCCACCCAGACUUACUGCUGA